UCUAAAUCUAAAUUAACAUAAUACUAAAACGACGCCGUUUCAAAUCAUAGUAAUUGUGUCCACCAGAGAAGGGCGAAGCUGAGGGAGGAAAAGGCAAAAAGGGAGAAGGAAAGAGAGAGAAGGAGAAUGGAGAACAGGGAAAUACUGCGGGAAUGGUUUGACCGAGUCGACUCGGAGAAAAAUGGAAGCAUAACAGCGCUCCAACUCAAGACAGCUCUAGCUGUGGGCAACCUGGAAUUUCCCCUCUCAGUUGUUGAGCAGAUGAUCAGGAUGUACGAUUUCGACAGGAAUGGUACGAUGAGCUUUGAAGAAUUUGUUGCACUCAACAAGUUCCUUCUUAAGGUUCAACAUGCAUUUUCUGAUCUAGAGAGGGGUCGUGGUUUUCUUGUACCCGAUGAUGUAUUUGAGGCUUUGGUAAAAAUUGGUUUCAUGCUGGAUUCUCCUGCUUUUUACUCUGUCUGUGAGAGCUUUGAUCGAAGUAAAAAUGGGAGGUUUCAGCUGGAUAUCUUCAUAUCAAUCUGUAUAUUCUUACAAUCAGCUCGGAAUCUGUUUAAUUCAUUUGAUAUAGCGAAACAUGGCAGAGUUACUCUUGAUCUGAAUCAGUUUGUCUAUUGUAAUGUUGUAUGCAAACACGAAUACAAUACCAAUUGCGCACGCAGGGGCGGCAGGGCUUCUACAUUGUUUCAGAAGAAACGUACGGUAAUAUUAAAGCUGCCAGAUCUUUUAUUUUAAACCACCAUCGUGGUUGCUACCUGUUCGCACCUUAAAGAGUUAAAGCUAAAUGUUCAAAAGGAAGAAACAUCGACAUUUUAAGUUGUUUAUCAUAGCCAUUUCCCUUUUCUUUCUCUGUUGUUUAUACAACUCUUCUUUUCCUUCAUUUCUUAUUUUCUUAUAUUUUUUUCCCAAGUUUCUCUUACACCCAUUGACUAUAAAAGAUUUAAGUUACGUUCCUAAACAUUGAUUCCUGCCUACUUUGGGUUUAGGAUUGUCAAAAUUAGAGUUAAUGGUAAUGGGUAUUACUAAACAAUAAUGAGAAAGUUAAAUAUUAGAUUUUCCUGCUAC